GGAGAACAGACUUAAAUUAUCAAAAGAGUUAUCUUUCGCCGCAUCGUCGAACAGAGUAAAAGUAAAUGUGUUUGGAGGGACAUUAGUCGGCAUCGUCGAGGAAAGCAUCUAUGGUUCUUACAAUGCCUUUCGUGGAAUAUCAUAUGCUAAACCUCCAGUGGGUGAUCUCAGAUUUCAAGAUCCGCAGCCACCAGAACCAAGGUCCAGCGACAGAGACGCUUCGUCUAACGGAAACGUCUGUCUUCAGAGGAAAACGAACGUUGUCAUAGGCAAAGAAGACUGUCUCUAUUUGAACGUGUAUGUAUGCCAACGAUGUGACGCCUUCAAAGAAAAGUGCUGUGAUGGUGUGGAUACAUGGUGGAGGCUUUUUUAUGGGAGACGGCACCUCGUUUUAUUACGGUCCCGAUUAUAUCAUGCGGAAGGAUGUGGUACUCGUCACCUUAAAUUACAGAUUAGGUGUUUUAGGUUUUCUCAAUUUUGAUGAGGAAAUGGCGCCGGGAAAUCAGGGCUUAAAAGAUGUAGUUAUGGCGUUAAGAUGGGUUCAAAACAAUAUAUUGCAAUUCGGUGGAGAUUCCGAUAACGUCACAAUUUUUGGUCAAAAUGCGGGUGGAGUGAUGGUACACUAUCUGACUAUUUCACCGUUAGCUAAAGGUUUAUUUCAUAAAGCAAUAUGUCAAAGUGGUGUCAUGACAGUUCCUUGGGCUUUUACUGAACGAGACGAUGCUAUCAAUAACGGUCUGAUGUUAGCCCAGAAACUUGGUAAUGCGACUUCAGAUCCAGAAGUCGCCUUGGAAUUUCUGAAAGAAAUAGACGGAACAAAUUUGAUAGCAGCGGAGAUUGGCUUAGAUAUUUUGCUUGCAUUUACGCCGACCGUGGAUUCCAAGUCAUCCAAUCCUUUUUUACCAGAAAAUCCAUUGCAAUUAUUACGUAAUGGAAUUGAAAUACCAAUCAUGUUUGGAUAUAAUAGCCAAGAAGGCAAUUUUUUCAUAAGUGAUAUUGUCGGCCUAGUAAACAACGAGACUUUAAAGGAAUUUAAUUCUGAUUUCAAAAAAGCCAUAUAUCCUAGAGUUUUGCGUCAAUUAUCACAAGUUGGAAUCACGGUACCGGAAUUACGAUCAUUGUAUUUUGGUAAUAAAACAGUGUCAAAGGAAACGAUAAUGAAUCUUUCUGAUUUUAUCGGCGAUCAGCAUAUCUAUAGAGGCAUUAUACAAGCAAUUGAUACUCAAAUGAAUUCUAAUGUUAACGAGUCGACUUACUUGUACAAAUUUUCGUACAAAAGUGAAACCUCUCCUGUAAAGAAAAUAUUUUUUGAAAAGGCGCUUUCAGGUACAUCUCACUUCGAGGAACUGGGCUAUUUAUUUUAUCCUCAUAUAAAAAAAUGUUUCGGUGACUUAUUAAUUGCACAUGGUACGCCGGAUUAUAAAAUAAUGGAAUACUUAACGCAGAUGUGGACAGAUUUUGCUAAAACGGGUAAUCCAACACCUUCUGCAGCUAAUUUUACAUGGACUCCAGUGAAAAAUGGCACUACGUAUGAUUAUUUAAAAUUAAUAGAAGACCUCAAAUGAAGAUUUUUAUUAAAGAAAAACCAACGAUGGGA